AUGGUCAACCAAAUUUCAAUGGGUCGCGGUGCUGGGCGUAAAUUCAAUGCGUCUAAGAUACCUGGUGAUAGCCGUGGCAAAGCUGAUAGUGGAGUUGUGAGGACCAUUCUACGAGGAAAACAACGUGGAGAUAUUUGUAAAUCAGCAAGAAUCCCAAAACGCAAUGGACUUAUCAAAAAGCAUGUAAAUGCUUUGCUAUCAGAAUGUGUCGCAGCCGGUCAUACUAAACUAUUGAUCUCGAAUUUAGAUGCAAGAGCCUCAGGUUUCGACAUUCUGGAACUGUUUUCCGAAUUUGGCACCAUUAAGGCAAUUAAGAUGAAUUAUGACACUACUCAAAGGUCCACAAGAACCGCUGAAAUAAGUUUUGAAAGGUAUGCCGAUGCAUUGAAUGCUUAUAACGAAUAUAGUGGGAGAUCAUUAGAUGAGAGACCAAUGGAAGUAAGAUUUGCGGAUCCCAACUUCCAAAACGACGUAACCAGUGAUGAAGCUGGAAAAGAUAUACAAACAGUAGAUAGAGAUGUUACCAAAUUGUAUAUCUUAAAUUUGGAUAAUAAAAUCACCGAUUCUGACCUGAAAGAGCUGUUUUCAGAAUUUGACAGUUUUAUAAGUGCAGUAGUUCAUUAUGAUGAAAGUGGAAGAUCCUUGGGCACUGCAGUAAUUGCUUACCAAAGCAAAGCAGAUGCAUUAAAAGCAUACGACGAGUACCACGGUAGGACAUUGGACGGAAGAACGAUGUUCAUUGCAAUUACUGAGACGACCAAUUUUGAUCUUGGCAAUAGCUGCGAUAAUAAUGGUGGUGGUUUCGAUCUUCACCAUUUUUGUAAAAUUAUACCCUUCGUCGGAAAAUAA